AACAAUCAAAACCGAAACUCAACAUAACCUGAUCAUCUUGAGUGUUGAACUUCGUGUGUGGCUUUCUGGUUGUUGUCUAAGUACAGUUAAUAUUUAUCUAAAUCUACAUCGUAAUUUUAUUAUUAUACAUAAGUUAUGCUACUAUUAUAAGACAUUUAUUAAAACUUAGAUCACUGAUGCAACAGAUCAAUCCAGUCGAAAGUGUUUCUAAAUAAACUGAAAUCGUGAAAGAUAUGAAAUAGACUUUUUUUAGAGUUGCAUCAUAAACUUAUAACAGCCUAUCAAUCUGUUGUAAUUAUAUCAUAACAAUGGCUGAUGUUGAAAUUGAUGUCAGUGGUACUAUGAGUACACCGUCAUCACAAGAUAAAUCUGCUGGAAGUGGUUUCCAGUUGCCACAGUCUCUCAGUAUCAGAGCAUGGUUGAGCCAGUGUUAUCAGAACCUUCGUCCGUGGUCAACUUUCUUCAACACUUCGCACUUUAAACCUCCACCAGGAGUCCAACAACUUACAAAACGUCUGAUGAAAAAUGCUGUUUACUUCCUGAGCAAUUAUGUUGUCAUUGUUUUUAUUUUAACACUGUACUGUUUGAUCACCACACCGCUGUUACUUCUAGCUGUGUGUGCCAGUUUAGGAGUUUGCUACUCAUUGAGUAGGCGUAAUGCCCAACGCCCACUUGUGUUCAUGGGCCGGACACUCACUAUGGAGCAGCAGUACGCUUUGGUGGCCGGCUGUUCCAUCCCUAUCUUUGUUUUGGUUGGAGCUGGUUCCGCUAUGUUCUGGGUACUAGGAGCGUCUUUGUUUUUUAAUACUCUUCAUGCUGCAUUUUUCAAUAUUGCAGCCAUAUCGACAGAUCAAGAUGACCAAUUCGAUGGUAUUAGUGUUUUGGAAGAAAUAUAAUGAACAAAAGCCACUGACUUUUACAAGGGACCAAUGGCAAUAAAAGACAUUACUCUUAGUAUUAUAACUAAAUUAUUGUACAAUAUUUCUACAUACAAAUAAAUCUUUAGAUUUAAAUCAUAUGUUAUAUA